GUUUAUUUUGCUCUUCUCCAUGUUUGUGAUAAAUGAAGUUCAGAUGAAAUCUGUCAGUUAAUAUUUAACAGUUUUCGUGGCACGUCCUUGAAACUCUUGCAGUUAUAUUCAGACUUAAGUCUCUUUAUUUACUCUUCCAUUUUUGACAUGGAUUCCAUAACAUACGACCGCUUUAACGCAACUGAGAAUGAGAUUAUCCACACUGCUCCGAAAUUUUUUCCUGAACCUGGUAGACAGAACAGAAAGAUGUACAUAAUAUAUGGGGUUCUCGUCCUUUAUAUGCUUAUACUGACUGUGGCUGUAGGAAUUAAAAUUUCUCAGGUCAGUAAAGAGGUAGCUGAUGUUACUCUUUCUCUUAAGACCUUUGAUGCCUCCAUUAAAGAAGCUUCUAAAUCUCUGCAAUUGGAAAAACUCCCUGAGCCUGUAGUGCAAGGACCGUGUGAGGUAAACUGGGUGUUUUUUAAAGACUCCUGUUAUUUUCAGUCGACAGCCGGGCAGAACUGGCAAAAUGCUGAGAAUAUGUGUGUCCGGAAAAAAUCACAUUUAGUGGUUGUCAAUAACAUGGAUGAGCUGGAAUUCUUGUCUUCAAUUGUAAAACUUUCUACCAGCUACUGGAUAGGGCUUGUUGAGAAAGAUGAGGGCCAGUGGUCUUGGGUCGAUGGAACAGAUUAUAAAGCUUAUGAACACUUUUGGGAUGAGGGUCAACCAGAUAACUGGCAUGUUCGUGUGAACGGUGAGGAUUGUGGGCAGCUUCACGGACGAUUCCGGGUGGACAAACGGAGGUUUUGGAAUGAUGCAGACUGCACGCUCUCUUACCCUUACAUCUGUGAGGGCAAACCCAAGAGCCAAUAACAAACCACACCACACACAGUAAAUAAUAAGUCAUAGGUUACCAUUUUAAAGAAACUACCAUUGAUGGAAGACUAUCAAGAUUACUAAUUUGUUGUUUUUAAAUAUUAAAAUACAUUUUGUUUGUUCAACCUAUGAGAGUUUAUAUGUAGAUGGCUUGUUAAUGGAUUUCAAGAGAAAAAAAAUGAGAAAGAGAUAGAGAGAAUGAGAGAUGUGUUUUAUUAUCUGCCUUUAAUGAUACAUUAUAUUGACAGGGUCUAAACAGCUGUCAUCUCUCAAUAUUGUUUACCAGAUCAUUUGCACUUUUCACUGGGAUAAUGCUCAUGCUCUGGGUUGUAACCGGCUUUUGCAAAACAUUCAGCUGCUUUUCUGUCACAUUCGCAGAUAAACAUCUCACAGGGGCGAUUCGCUUCAGCUGCAGAAAAACAAAAACAAUAGUCCAGCUUAGUCAUUUCUCUUAAUGGGAAAUUUUACAAUUCAGAUGAGUUUCAGGUUUCAUGGUACUUUCAUUAAUAUAUUAAAAAACACUUUGAUGUCUCAUUACUUUUUGUUUAAAGGAGACAUUACACAAGGCUUUUUAAAAUGUCAAAUACAUUUUUGGUGUCCCCAGAGUAUGUAUGUAAAGUUCUAGCUCAAAAUACCUUAUAUUUAAUUUAUUAUGCAUGUUAAAAUUGCCACUUUGUAGGUGUGAGCAACAAUAGGUAUGUCCUUAAAAUGCAAAUGAGCUGAUCUCUGCACUAAAUGGCAGUACCGUGGUUGGAUAGUGCAGAUUAAGGGGUGGUAUUAUCCCCUUCUGACAUCACAAGGAUUUGCAGAGAAUGAUUUACCAAAACUAAGUUACUGGGUUGAUUUUUUUUACAUUUUCUAGGUUGAUAGAAGCCCUUGGGAACCAAUUAUAGCACUUAAACAUGAAAAAAGUCUGAUUUUCAUGAUAUAUAGUACUUAUAGUACUUACUUUAAGCCUACUUAAGAAACAUAUUUAUUCAGGCCUUUAUUUUGCAAUCCUGUUGCCCAUGGUUUUUAUUAUUUUGAUUUAUGUGUAUCACACAAAAUAACACAUCAUGUAAACAUGUAUUUAGAAAAAUUUUGACAAUGUCAAAGUUACAAAGGUAAAAAGCAUCUCCUUUUAAUUACUUUUUUUUUGGGGGGGGAGCUUUAAAGUUCCCCUGUAUUUUGUACCUUAUUCCUGAUGGACCUCCUGAAUAAUUAAUAAAGCUUGUGAAUUCGCUACUUGGACAAUC